CGAGCGCUUCAUGUCCUGUUUUAGAGUCAGUGAGAGCAAAUCAGCCCUCAAAUUAUUCGGAAACCAGCGAGCGCUGAAAAAAGAGGUUCAAAGACAGAAGAGAUUUGGGAGGUGGAUCAUCCAUCCUUGCAGUAGUUUCAGAUUAUAUUGGAACAUAGGCGAAACAUUCCUGCUGAUAAUAAAUUUGAUAGUUCUACCCAUCUCAAUCACGUUCUUCAAAGACGACCUUGGCAGCCACUGGAUUGCCUUCAACACCAUCUCUGACACAUUCUUCCUCGUCGAUCUGGCUCUCAAUUUCAGGACCGGCUUUUUUGAAAAAAACUCCGAAGAGAUUGUUUUGGACCCGAUCAAGAUAGCAAAGAACUAUUUAAAAACUUUCUUCGUCAUCGAUUUUAUCAGUUCAUUCCCCAUUGACUACACAAUUCUUAUGUUCUCUGCUAACAAUUCGAGCACAUACACGGAUACUCAAACAUACAAACACAAAUGCAUUCGUUCAUGCUUACUUAUUUGCAUUGAGACCUCGAAAGAAAUUUCAAUGUGGUGUUAA